GGAACAUGACGACUCGUCUUCAAGUCAUUGUGAGUCAAGGACUUCCUCUCGUAUUUCGCUUGGCGAUCGUAGUGGUCUCCUUGUUCUGAUUCAGGUGCAGUGAAGAAAAUGUCGCGUUCGCAGUGGUCUUCUCGUCAAGUUGGUGGCCUUCCAGUUUGUGGUCGUGCCAUGCGUAUAGCAUGCUUGCUUUCGUUGUUGCGGGUUGUGGCAGGUUUAAGAAACCACCUAAUAGGUCCUCAAAAAUUUAUUUUGUCCUCCUCAACACUAGCAAUGCAGCGCUCGAUUCUUUUACUUCUUUCCGGGGGAACCGUAGCUGCAGAGAUACCGACCGCCGCGCAAGGCCAAGGAUCUGCAGCAUCGGAGGUUCAAGGUGUAAUUGCGCUGGCGUCUCAGACGACGACCCCGGAGGAAAUCGAAGCAGCGGAAAGCCUACGACGGAAAUUCACUUUCGGUGAGCCAUCCGACACUGCUGCAGGCGCAGGAAAGAUCCGCAUCUCCGCCAUGCACGAUUACAAAGCGACCGACUCCUACGGUUUUUCGACCAUCCUUCCCUGGCUCUCGCGGUUGGUGCUCGAUUUCCCGCACGCUCAGUGGUUUCUGUUUCAUGACCCAAGAAAAGGUAAUUUUUGCUCGCUGCGCUCCAUGGUGCUUCAGCUUGUGAAGCGAGGAAGCGGGGCACUUUUCCUGCUGGCCGCGAAACUUAUUACCGAUUCGGGCACUCUGCGGAUCAUUCACCACUACGACCAAUCCGGUUUGCGGUACCCAGGAAGUUUUGACUUUGCCAUUUCGAAAGGCCUGGCCGAAAGUUUGCUGUCGCAGAAGUUCGGCGACGGGCACCGGAGGACCGAUUUUACGAUUGACCCGCUUUUUGAACUUGCGAAGGAGAUCUACAAAUUGCAGAACAAUAAGCUGUUCUUGAAGGAGAUGGAAAACGAGGACUUGGCUAUGCCAAUCGAAGUAGCAGAAUUCAAGCGCGUGUUGCCGGAGCUGCCCUGCACGAAAGACUUGCCUUCGAAUGCCGAUGGAGGGAGCGAGCGACCGUGGAAAAACGGCAAAUGCGCGGUCGCGGAGUCCGCGCAGGUUGCACCUGCAUCCUCGGGUGCACGACUUCAGGCAGAAUCAAGUGCUGGGGCAGCAGGACGUCUGCAGCAACUCGGACGCCGGGGUGGGGUGUUGUUCGCGCCUCGAGUUGUGACAGAUCUGGCGGACGUCAGCAUCGUGCUUGCCGUAAAGACCACCGGAAAGUACUGGAAAAGUCGCAUCCUUAACGGGUUCCGCGACUCUUUUUCGUUCCCGAGUGAGUGGGUGCGACCGCCGAAGAACUUCCGGAUUCUGUACUUCCUGGAUAACACAACAUCGCUAGCCGAAAAAGCGGAAAUGGAAGCGAGUCUCUCCCCUACCUCCACGACAAAUAGGAGUCCGAAGAAUAAAGCCUCCUUGUCAGGUAGAGCUGCGGAAGAAGGUGAAGGAAACGACGCAGAGGAUAACACCUACCAGAGUGUUGAGUCUGACGCCGUAGAUUUUCUGCGCUCGAGUUUCGUCCAGGAACAAGUCGUCAUCCUUCCCGUCAACAACACAAAACUUGGACACUGCGGAAAAAUGGUUGGCCUACUCAAAUACGACUAUUCGCAGACAACUUCCGCCCCCACACUCGGCGCGGCUGCAAGAGCUGGUAGCAUGGAUUCGAAAGGUGAAGAAGAAGGAACGACUAGAAGUCCAGCACCAGAUUUCAAUGGUGACCUUGUCACGACCGAUGAAGAAGAAGAUCGACUAUCAGUAGAAGUAGGUCGCGCACCUUCAGGCUCUGACGAGGUCGAUUUCCUUAUCGUUUCCGACGACGAUACCAUGUGGAAUGUGCCGGCGUUGUUUAGUGUUUUGAAGCAGUACGAUCCGAGGACCCAGGACCUGUACCUGGGCGAAAAGUACGGCUAUGGGGUGAGUCGCAACCGCUGGACGCGGAGGAAAGGCACAUCAUCUUCGGAAGAUGACUACAUAGAUGCAGCUCAACAGUCUGGCUACGACUACAUUACGACCGGAGGCGGCAUGGUUCUAACGGGCAAGACGUUGCGGAAAUUCCAGCACUGCAAGAGAUGUACUUGCUACAAAGAAGAUACGCCCGACGACAUGGCCCUGGGCAUGUGGUUUAUGCCCCGCCGCGAAGCUGACGAAGAUGAAGCAUUGGUAGAUAUAAAGCGAGUGGACGAGGACGCGGGCGACUUUCGUCCAAACGUGCCCGCGACCCACAACGCAGGCUUUCAUCAGCGCGGACCUCGGGACUAUCCGCCGGAGUACCUUGCCCGGUCCAGCCCGCAGAUUAGCUUCCACAAAGUCUUCCAACAGCAUUCCAUUACCAACCCGAGGAGGGAGGUUCUAUGGGAACAUCUUGUCAGCCCAGACCUGAAGUCCGUACUCUUUUCCCGGUGGAGCCGCCUGUUGAACGAAAACGAUGCCUCCGCGAUACAAGAAUUUGAAGCUGAGUUGGCACAAACAGCGGUUGGAAAAGAAGCACUCAUGCACAAAGAUGAGAUGAGGGAUGGAUCAUGCCUCCAGCAGGAGUUAUAAGCGUCUGAAGCCUCGCACAUAUGUAGGAGUAGAUGCGCAUACUUGUACGUAGAAAUAAGGUGUGUAGUAGUAAGCAGGAGGACCACGACCAAACCAGAAACACCCUGAACUUGUCCCGGCGUGGUGUUCAGGGCCACGUACCACGAAGAACAAU